CUUCUCCACAAUCACUCACUCACUCCACUCACUUACAGUAUCACCCUUUAUCUCUACUAUACACUUUCUCCCGAAGAGUACCUCUGUGCCUCUACAUCCAUGACAGCAUGGGUAUCCCAGUGGCUAUCGCCAUCAUCGUCGGUCUUCUCUGUUCUUUCAUUCAAUCAAUAGGUCUCACCAUUCAACGUAAAUCUCAUCUCAUCGACGAAUGUGCUCCACCUUGUCAACGUAAACGACCUAUACGUCGUCCACUCUGGCUUCUAGGCUUUGGAAUAUAUAUCACAUCAAAUAUCUUUUCUACGAUCUUUCAAUUAGACGCUUUACCCAUCGUCAUCCUCGCCCCUCUCGGAGCUGUCAGUCUGAUCUUCAACGCCCUGCUGGCCAGGACAGUAUUGGGAGAUACCUUUGGUCCUGCCAGUAUAGUAGGAACUGCCUUGGUGACUGUGGGUGCGGUGCUCAUUGCUGUUUUCGGGGUCGUUCAGGAAAGUGAACAUGGUCUGGAUGAACUAUUGGUGUUGUUCCGUCGUCCGGCUUUUGUAGCUUUCUUCACUAUUCAAGGAGUGGCCACUGCUGGUGUCUUAUUGACGGCACAUUUCGCAAUAUGGACAAUGAAUAGACAUCUCAACAAAGAAGGUCGUAUCCGUCUUGAAGAUCAAGAAACCCCUCCAUCAUCUUCUCCACCGAGUAACUACGCAUCGCCAUAUUCUCCACCUGCCAUCCCUUUCCGUCCAACUUCUAAUCUUCGUCGAUGGUCAUCUCCCAUUUCCCUUCAGACAUCCACCAUCCCAACUCAUCCAUCUUAUACCGAUUAUAAUCCUCGAUCAUCAUCCCCUUCGAACGAUAUCAAUAACACUGAUCACGACCCAAAACAUGUUCGUUUUGCCGAUACCUCUCCGCUCUCUCUAUCCCCCGACGCAUCCCCAAACUCCACACUCUCCGACGCACAACAACGAACACGUACAUUGGCUGGCUUGGCAUUCGCGGCUGCCUCAGGCACAUUAUCAGGAAUGUCACUCGUCCUUGCCAAAGCUGCGGUCGAGUUGUUAGUCAUCACUAUCGAUCAUUUCCGGACAGGAAGAGGAGAGAAUCAAUUCAAUCGAGCUCAAAGUUGGCUAUUGAUAGCGGGUUUAGGAGUGGGGGCGUUAUUGCAACUUGUUUAUCUGAAUUACAGCUUAACGUUCGCCAGUCCAGCUUUGAUUUGUCCAUUGGCAUUCUGCUUUUUCAAUCUGUCGUCAAUCUUCGAUGGCCUGGUCUUCUAUGACCAGUUUUAUCGUCUUCGACCACACCAAAUUGCUCUAGUCUCUAUCGGCGUCCUCAUCCUUCUCAUCGGCGUUUGGGUCGUCUCCACCAUCCAACCUGGUCAAGGCGUGGACGUUGGGACAUGGGUAGAAGAUGAAUUAUCCGAAACUUCUUCCCUUCUCGAUCAUUCACUCUCUCAAGCUCAUUCAUAUACUCCUUACACCGAUGAACCUGACUCUGUUGUGUCAACUCAAGAGGACGCGACCUACCAUUCUACUCAUGCAUCCAUCCUACCUCAUGUGGAUACAGCGCUCGCCCAAGCGGAAGGGUAUGACCGUCAUCGCCGAUCGGAAAUUGACUCACCUACUUCUCCUACCGAUCCCGUUUCUCCACGUACGGCUCGUAGACGUGGACCGCGAUACGGUACUCUUUUACCGGACUUAGCACCCCCAGGUGCUCCUACCGGUUUCUCAAUAGGUUUAGGUGCUGCUAGUCCAGGGUUCGUGCUUCGUUCUGGAAGUCUGAACACGCAAGGUCCUUCGGCUGGAGAAAGAAGGAGGGGAAGAAGUAGAAGUGAGAAUGCUGCUGGUUUGACGGCCAUAAUGGAAGCUCAUCCCCUCCCUGUCGAAAGCGAUGGGCCCCAAGUCGAAGGUGAUGCAGCAGAGAGAACGUUAGCAGGUUGGGAUGCAUCAAAGCGGGGAGAACGACAAGAGAGGGAUAGGAGAAGAUGGAGUGAAGGUUGGUGGAGCGGUUUGUUAAAGAGAGAUGGGGUGAAGUUACCUCCGGAAGAGUAG